AUGGCAGCUGCGAGCGUACAGACUCCCCCCGCCCGCACCGACUGGGCCGAAGACAGUGAGCCUGAUUUGGCCACUGUUCUGCCGCCACCCCAAGUCACGAAGAACAAGGAUGGCACCGAGACGAUCGUCACCUUCUUCAUCAACGAAGAUGGCAAGAAGGCAAAGCGGACACAGAGGAUACGGAGGACCAUCGUGAAGAAGAAGGAGAACCCGCGGGUCGCAGAGCGACGAGCAUGGCCCAAGAUGGGCCCGGAGGCAGGCAAGCCAGCUGGGCCUCGAAGUGAUACAACCACGCUCGGCGAAAACAUCAUAUUCCGCCCGGUCAUGGGCUUCAAGAGUGGGCAGCAACAAGAGAAGGCGCCGGAGGAGGAUAAAAAGGCGGACGCACUGAAGAAGAUGCAGAUCAAGUGUCGUAUUUGCAGCGGCGACCAUUUUACCACCAAAUGUCCCUUCAAAGACACCAUGGCGCCGGAAGGCGAGGCUGGCAGUGCAGCGGUCGACAUGGAUGGGGGAAUGGGUGGAGGCGGAGAGGAUGCUGGUGGGCUGGGUGUGGGAUCUUCCAGUUAUGUUCCGCCGCAUCUACGUGGCAAGACUGGAUCCGGGACUGGCGAGCGGAUGGGAGGCAGAGAGCGUGAUGAUCUGGCCACUCUUCGCGUCACUAAUGUAUCCGAAUUCGCCGAAGAAGAGGACCUCCGACAAAUGUUUGAGCGCUAUGGUCGCGUGACCCGCGUCUUCCUCGCCAAAGACAGAGACACCGGGCGGGCGAAAGGAUUUGCUUUUGUCUCGUAUGCUGACCGCUCUGACGCGGCGAGAGCAUGUGAGAAGAUGGAUGGCUAUGGUUUCGGGCAUCUGAUUCUCCGGGUGGAAUUUGCGAAGAAGAGUACCACUUAG